AUGACCAACCACGCAUCCCAGACCGCCGAGUCCCCAUCGGGACGUUCCGCCCAAGCGAUUCGCCAUUGGAGACCGGUGGUUGAGCACGAAAGAGCUAUAGAACGAGAACAAAGGAGAGCCGAUAUUUCGGAGGCUGACAAUCGCCUGCUGCGUGAGCGUCUCGAAAUGACUCGCAUGGGAAGUCUCACGUUCUGGCCUUUCGGCAGAAUCGGCCAGCAGGCAGACAACCAAACCGCCAGUAUUGGGGAGAUGCAGGCUGAGAACUUCCGUCUUCGCCAGCAGCUCGAAAAGAAAACCUCGUCCAUUGAUACCUACAUGAAGGGUCAAGAGCAAGCCAAGGCCAGAGUGAGCGAGCUUGAAAAGAAGAACUCGAGCUUGGAACGCCAAGUCGAGAAGAUUCAAGCCGGAGUGUGCGAGCUGGAAGAAAACAAUUCGCACUUGAAACGCCAAGUUGAGAAGGGUCAGAAAGACUACGAGAUUGAUAUUAAACAGCACGCCCACUACAUCCACAAACUCGAACACAAGAUCAAGGCCUUGAAAGAGCAGGUUGCCGCUAGGGAUGUUGUCAACGCCGGAAGUCAGCGCAUCGCCAACGCCAGCAAGGUCUCUGACGACGCCAUUCUCGCCAUUUGGAACCAGAUGGCGUACAACGUCCGAAGCAUCGUUGCGUCUCUUCUCACACAGUGUCCCUCCAAAGAAGAGGUGACAGGUAUUGUGAAGCUCGUCCCCUGCGAGGUUUCCAAAUUUAUCAAAGCCGACUUCGCCCUCCUCCAAAAUGACGACAUUAGAUCGUCAGUUGUGGAGAGAUAUCUUUGGCAGUCAGCAUCUGAUGUAAUCAAAGGUGGUAGCUAUGACCGAACUCCAGAUGUCUGGGGAGGCUUUGCAGGAACCCAUCUUCAGCUGGCGUUCGAUGCCAUGCUCGGUUCUCAAAACAAAGAUGUUGAGUCACUUCUUCGCUGGAAAGCUGAAGGCUCCAGUAUGAUUGAGAAGACCAUAGGUGUCGACAAGAAAGCCCUCAGCGACCUGGUCAAAGAGCAAACCCACGCCUUCUCCAUCUUCAUGCCCCGAGACAAGCAGAAGGAUCCGUCGACCUGGAAGGAACUCUGUGAAGACAUCGGAAAGGUUUUCGAUCAGGCUGUUCAGCUCCGCUCAAUUUUCAUGUGUUCCAGAGCUCAUUUCGAGGUUCGAUGGGUUGAAGAUCCCAGCAGAUCAAAGAACAAAACCCUCUUCUACAGAGCGGAGUCGAUGGAUGCGGAGGCGUGGGAGGUUGAACUCAACGAAAAGACCGUCGUUUAUUUCGGUAUUUCGCCGGGCCUCCUGAAGUCUGGCACCGCAAACGGUGUUGAUUACGACAAGAGCAAACUGCUGGUCAAGGACCGGGUGGUUUGCAAGUAG